GGUCCCGCGCUUCAGAGGUUCGCAGCGCCGCGAGUGGCCUCUAGAUUUGGUGGCCGGGAGGCGCAUGAGGACCUUGUCCAUGGACCGGGCGGCCGUGGCGAGGGUGGGCGCGGUUGCGAGCGCCAGCGUGUGCGCCCUAGUGGCAGGGGUGGUACUGGCCCAGUACAUUUUCACCUUGAAGAGGAAGACGGGACGGAAGACUAAGAUCAUCGAGAUGAUGCCAGAAUUCCAGAAAAGUUUUGUUCGCAUCAAAAAUCCUACAAGGGUGGAAGAAAUUAUCUGUGGUCUUAUCAAAGGAGGAGCUGCUAAACUUCAGAUAAUAACAGAUUUUGAUAUGACACUAAGUAGAUUUUCCUACAAAGGCAAGAGAUGCCCAACGUGUCAUAAUGUCAUUGACAACUGUAAACUGGUUACAGAUGAAUGUCGAAAAAAGCUAUUUCAGUUGAAGGAAAAAUACUAUGCUAUUGAAGUUGACCCUGUUCUUACUGUAGAAGAGAAGUACCCAUAUAUGGUGGAGUGGUAUACUAAGUCACAUGGUUUACUUGUUGAACAAGCUUUACCAAAAGCAAAACUUAAAGAAAUUGUGGAAGAAUCUGACAUUAUGCUCAAGGAAGGAUAUGAAAAUUUCUUUGAUAAACUCCAAAAGUACAGUAUCCCUGUGUUCAUAUUUUCGGCUGGGAUUGGCGAUGUUCUCGAGGAGGUUAUCCGGCAAGCUGGUGUUUAUCAUCCAAAUGUCAAAGUUGUUUCCAAUUUCAUGGAUUUUGAUGAAAAUGGAGUACUCAAAGGAUUUAAAGGAGAAUUAAUUCACGUAUUUAACAAACAUGAUGGUGCCUUGAGGAACACAGAAUAUUUCAAUCAACUAAAAGACAACAGCAAUAUAAUACUGUUGGGAGAUUCCCAAGGAGACUUAAGAAUGGCAGAUGGAGUAGCCAAUGUUGAAAACAUUCUAAAAAUUGGAUAUUUAAAUGAUAGAGUGGAUGAGCUUUUGGAAAAGUAUAUGGACUCAUAUGAUAUUGUUUUAGUAAAAGAUGAAUCAUUGGAAGUAGCAAACUCUAUCUUACAGAAGAUUCUAUAAAUAAACAUUCAUCUGGAAGACCUCUCUCCUGCGGGGGCAGCUGAUGUAAACUCUGCUGACUUGUUCACCUUGCUCUGAAAGACUCUUAUUUAUAAUGCAUUUUGUUCUUAAAGAUUUCCUUUGUGAAAGUAUUUUAAGACAUGUUGAUUCCAUCAAUUGGAAGAGCCUUUUUCUCCACUUCUGUCAGCACACUCCCCUCCAUAUUUUUAAACAGAUUUU